AUGUUUCAUAAUCGUUUUCCAAUAUACGACCGACCUGGCGUUGUUGAUGGUGGAGCUGGUGGCCAGCAAGGACUCUACAGCCAGGAGGACUAUGAAGGGCCUCACCUGAACACUGUCACCGGACAAUUUCGGAGGAAAGAAAAAUUCAUCAGACAAGAGGACCAGGUGCCGUUCCCGAAAUCGACAUCAUCAUUGCCGCCAUCAUCGAAGUAUGGCCAGCGACCAGGACGACAAUGGAUCAAGUGGAAAUAUGCGACCAAGGCCCAAGCCUUCAUAUUUGAAUUUUUAGAAGGAGCCUCAAUUCAUGGUUUCGUUUACUUAGCGAAAAUUGGAUUGCAUUUAAUUGAACGUGCACUGUGGUUGGCGUGUAUCUGCAUUGCGUUCUACGGAAUCGUAUCUCUGAGCCAAAGGACAUGGGAGCGCUACCAAACAUCGCCGAUGGUAAUCUCCAUGGAUCGCAAUAAGUUUGUCUGGAAUACGAGCUUUCCCAGCUUAACAGUUUGUCCUCAUAAGCGAAUUGAUGAUCUCAAAGUCCAGGCGUAUAUAGAGGAGAAUCCCGCUCUUUUCCAGGACGAGGCCGACAAGAGUGAUUUUCGGAAUUUCAUCCUGAAAUUGGCUAAUUCCUCAUUCGAUAGUUUCCACGAGUUGCCGAUGAACAAGACUUUCGGGAUUCCCAGCAGCAGCUACUUGGAGCUGUUGUUCGAUUUGAAGUGGAACUUCGAGCCUGAGAUGAGCAGCGGGACCCUAACCAGGAUGUAUUUAGACGAAACAAUUACCGAACUGGGAAUUUGCUACUCCGUGAACUCGAUGAUUGCCAAGUAUAGUUCUUACCCAUAUUGGAGGAACAACCAGUGGAAUUUAAUUAAACACCGGGAGAAAGUGACUGUUCACCCGUUGGAUGGGGAAAUUUAUGCACAGAUAAUUAAUUUAUCGACGUCCUACGACGUGUACUUCCACGGAGCCAUGGAGGUGCCGGAUAUCGCGAAACAAAGAUAUACAUUCCCCGAGUCCGAUUACAGCACGGUGGAGAUAGUGGCCUUGGAAAUUUCUGCAUCGGAAGCUGCCAGAGAGUUCACCAUUACCCAGCGAGGAUGCCGCUUCCCCCAUGAAGCAGACGAUAUGAUAUCUAGCCCCAUCUACAGCCGCGGGUUAUGCCAUCAGGAAUGUCGGAUGAAGCUUGCCCUGAAGACAUGCAAAUGUGUUCCGCAUUUUUAUAGGAAUCGACUGAAAAGCGGGAAAGUACUGCCAGUUUGUGACUUCGAAGGACUCAAGUGCUUGGCGGUUAUUAAAAAUGAAAUUAUCUCUCUCAAGUCUGACACGCGGAAAAUCGAUUGCAAUUGCUUGGCGAACUGUGAUGACUCCAACUUUUUUGUUCAGUCUCUGAGAUCUCGUGUCUGGUUCCUGGGAGCGAAUCUACAAUGGGGCAUAAACGAUUAUCCGAAAAUGCAAUUGAGACGUGAUGUCCUUUUUUCGUUUGCCGACGUGCUAGUGUACAUUGGAGGACUGGCAGGAUUCUUCUUAGGUUGCAGUCUGCUGAGUAUCACCGAAUUGAUCUACUAUCUGACGGUGCGGUUCAUCAAGCGCCUGAUGGCGAAAUAAUAUCAGCGAAGAAUCUGCCCAUUCGGGACGAAAAUAUCCUUUAAGCUUGCAUUCAUCUAGUGAAGCCGGCUGUGGGGAAGUUUAUAUUUAUUCAGGUCGUGUUCACGUCAAAUCACUUUGGAGCUGUUAAGGCAACUUUAAUUCUAUCCAGAAAUAUUCAAAUUUUUAGCUAGCGUCUGUC